AAUAGGACGAGAAGAGGAGGACCAGAACUGUUUGCGCUGAGGAGGAAAUCUCCCAAAUGGUGAAAAAGGGAAGUAAUGGAGGCUGUGUAACUAAGUAGCGACUUUGAUAAUAUCUGAUCCGAUCUGAAGAGGAGAAAGUGCUUUGCGGAGAAUGCGGAGGGGAAGCCAAUCCAGGAAAGGAGCUGAGGACUAUGUAGGAAUUCCUGACUGAAGUCAUGGGCUCGGAGGCAGUGGAGGAUUGUGUGCAGGGGGCGCUCUCAUCCCUUUACCCUCCCUUUGAGAGCACAGCUCCACCUCUCCUCUCCCAGGUCUUCUCGGUCCUGGAGUCGACUUAUCAACACGACAGUCUUCGCUACCUCUUGGACUACUUCGUUCCUGCCAAGCAUCUUCUGCACAAACUCCAGCAGCAUGCCUGCUCUCAGUACCUGGGCUGCUUGUUCCUCCACUCCGGCUGGCCUCUGUGUCUGGGUGAGAAAGUGGUUGUCCAGCUCUCCACCCUGGACUGGAGGCUCCUGCGCAGCACUGACUUCUACCUGCAGGUGGUGCCCUUCUCCACGCGCUGUCCUCGGCUGGCCCUAAAGUGCCUGGCCCCUGGGGGGCGCACCGUUCAGGAAAUUUUGGUACCUGAGUCUCAGCACCCACUGGUGUUCACCACUGAGUGGCUGCACAGUGUCAACAAGGAACGGGGACACAAAAGAGAAGUCGGAGGGGGUCUAGACACCUGCCUGGUCAGCACGUGUGACGGAGUGGUCCGCCUACCGUGGAAGGAGGUGGUUUACCCAAAAUUCAUCCAUGACCCUUCCACUGAGCUGGGCCUGAUGUCCCAACAUGAAGACUCCAUGUCAAACCGCCUGCCCAGUGAGGGGGGCAGCAGCCUCGGGGGCUGGGGUGAAUCGUCCUCUGGAGAACUGGAUUCCUGGUCCUGGGAUGAAGAGGAGGAUGUUGAUCUACCUCCAGACGGCCUGGACGCUGAUCCCGCUCUCCCGCGGCGAAGGCGCAGUGAAGACGGGCUUGGGCGGACAGGGCGCCCCCCCCAGAUGGACGGGGAUUAUGUGGAGCUUUUGGAGCCCAGAGGGGGGCCAGAUGGAGGGGUUGACCCGAGGCAAAGGUACCUGGAGAUGCAUGGGAUCUGUAAGACCAAAACGUUGCCUCUGUGUAGGAGAAGUAAGGCCAUCAAACUGCGGAAGGGUAAAGCGUGGGGCUAUGGCCGGAUGGAUGGGUCAAGUGGCAGUCGAGCUGUCCUGGGUGGGAAAAGAGACAUGUUGACCCCCAGGGGAGACACACUACCAUCUCAGCCCUCACCAACGGCCACUGACCCCGGCAGAGGGAGGCGGUCUUAUUCCUCUUCUCUCCAUGACUCUGAUGAAGGAGAUAAAACAAGUAGAGACUCUGAAGGCCUGGAAAGCCAUAGAUGCUAUUUUGAUGGCCAUUCUAAGGAGAGGAGGCCCGGCGUGGGCAGGGAGAGAGAAAGUAAUGGCUUCACACAACCAAGCAGAGACAGCCACAGAAGUAAAGACUCUGGGAGCAGUGAGAGUUUGGUCGCCAGUGACUUCACAAAUCACAAAGCGGUGAAUGCUGUAGAAGGCCACUCAGAUCACGGCUUUCACUCGGACUCUGUUUUUGAGGAUACAGAUAAACCACUUAGUGGAGACAGUGACGCCACUACACCCACGUCAGAUGCACCAGAAUGUGGAGUAAAAUCUGGAGGCCCAUUUGCUGAUGUUUCAGGAAGUGGAGGAAGUACUGGGAGCGCUUUGGUUAGUGGCUGUAAAGCGAAGAACUCUCAUUGGAGUAGCGAAGGUGAGGCAGGAAACUCAUCAAAGUCUAGACUCAGUACUGGCUCCUCUGACCCAAAGGUGAGCCUGGCAGAGGAGACAGAUGAGGGAAAGACAGAGGACAGAGUCUGUCCCAGAGGAAAAGAAGUCAAAACAGCCGGAUUCAGAGCACCAAGGAGGAAAAGGAAGGGAAAAGGGGCCAAAGGGAGAGCCAGAUCUGGUGGCCGUGGACACCAGAGGGUCUCUAAGCCGCAGGGAAAAGCUCCCCAACCAAGCCCCACCUGCUCUUCCUCAACAAAACUACCAAUCAUAGAGGACAAUAAGCCAGAACAGGCAGAUGAACCUGUUGGAGAGGGCACUUCGCCUAAUGAAGGGACAGAGGACACUCAGCCAAGGAAAGACAGUGCAGAGACCGAACCAGAUUCUUUGCCUGUCUGCACUGGCCAGUCAGGCACAUCUUUAUUUAACCACUCCAAAGAGGACGCUGAGUCAGAGACACAUGACCAAUCAAAUGGCCUUUCGUCUAAAGAGCCUCCCUUAUUAAGGGAAUUGGAGACAGAGCUUCUCCAGUCAGGGAAGUUCAUGUUGACAGGUACAGUAGACAGGUUGGGACGUGCUCUUGUUGUCACGGAGACGCAUGCACCUGAAGAGGGUUACUGUGAGGAGGAGAUGGCCCAGGUCCUGGCCAGCUACCACAGAAUCACCCGGCCUCUAGCCAAAGAGAAAGGUCUGACAGUGUUAAUGGACAGCAGACGGUCUCCACCCUCAGCUCUCAGUCUCUCUGCACUUAAAUUGUUCCAGGUGCUGGUUCCUGGUGGUUUGGGAUCUGUUCUGAUUUUGGUGGAGGAGCAGCAGGAGUCCACCUCUCCUAAUCUGGACGGAGUCGAGGUCCACACGGUGCGAGGAACCGGGGUCCUGCAGCAAUAUGUGGACAAGCAGCAGCUGCCCAGAGAGAUGGAUGGAGAGUUCAGCCACUCUCAUGCAGACUGGCUGGCCUUCAGACUGAGCCUGGAGAGUCUGACAGAGCGUUGUGAGAGCGCCCUCUCGCUACUAGGAGAGGCACUGCAGUCCAUGGACAGUGAGCCGAUGCCAGACACUAUCACGGCUGUCCCUCUAAGCAUCGACAAACACAGACAGCUCAUGAAGAGCGUCCUUGCCGACCAGCGGCUGACUGAACUGCAGCAGAGGGGCGGGGCUUGGCUGGCAGGAUUGACCAAUAGCACAUCUGGAUUGGCGCAGAAGUCUCCCGACUGCAGGGCUGCACUCUCUGCGACCUCUAAACUCUACGACAGUGUGGACGACGCCCUCCAUCGGCUCGUCCGUGUGUCCAACCAGAGGGGUCGAGACCUGGAGGCUCUGGGACGGCUUUCAGGACUGGUGGACAAACUGGAGAAGUGUGAUAAGGAGAUUGAGCAGGUUCACGCUCAGCUGGAAGACUACAAGGAUCCCCCUCUGUCCCUCAGCAGACUCUCUCUCAAACAGCAGAAGUUCAAGACGUUCAGAGAGACGGCCAAUGAGCUCCACAGCGAGACUCUGUCAGUGCUCAGUGACUUGGAGGGCUGGUGUGAGCUGGACUGGGAAGGCCUGGUCGAGGUCCAGAUCAGACUCCCCCCGGUCAGGGAGAAACUUCGAGACAUGUCCCACUGUCUGUCCGACUGCUGGACCACCCUGGACAACACACAGAGGCUGCUGUCCACACUGACCGAGGCCACCCAGUGGUGCGACGCCGUCUCCUCCACCUCGUCCUCCCCAUCCUCCUCCUCCUCUACCUCUCCUCUUGCCUCCCUCCCACCCAUCCCUCCGUCCCGUUUCCAGGACGCUCGCUCCCUGGCCAUUGAGCUGGGUGGCGGGGCGCUCCUGGACCUCUGGACCCAGACGGUGGAGCGCUACCAGCGGACCGUGGCGCAGGUCAAGCCCCGGUUCCUGCAGGCGGAACGGGGACAGAACCAGGGCCAGGGGAAGGCCAAGACCCCCUCAGCCAGCAGCCUGUGGGACCUGAUGGGGCCCGAGGGAGACGGGGACUGGGGGCUGGGGGCUGGAGGAGGGGAGGGCGGGCUGCAGUCCUGGGGCUCUCUGGCGUCACUGUUCAGGCCGCAGACCUGCUCCACGCUGAAGAUCGGAGAGGAGAAAGGAAACAAGAAAGAUGGAGCAGGGGGAGUUAGUGGAGGAGCGGGUGGAGCCGGAGGGGGGAAGUUCCUGCAGAAUCUGUUGAAUCCUGCAAAGAAGAGUCCCACGGAGACCCCGCUCCCACCCAAGCCACCCAGGAAGCGCCACCCAAGCUUUGACCUGCAGGCCCUGCUGGCCCCCCGCAGAGGCACUGCCACCCCCAAACCUGUGGAGUCCCCCGUGGGUGCAGCGAGCCGCAACUCCCCGCUGUCCUGGCUGGGGCGUCGGGCGGUAGCGGACCCGGUCAUUACGGCGAGCAUGGCAGCAGCUGUCCCGGGAUGGGGCAGCGGUGGUGGAGGAGGAGGAGGAGGGGGAGGAGGAGUGUUGAUCCGGGGAGUGGAGGUCAGCAGCAAGGAGGUGGUGGACCACACGGGGUCGCCGCGGCAACACGUGCUGCUUGGCAGGUCCGAGAGGGAGACGGGCGGGGAGAGGACGGGUGCCACGGCGCAGAGUAAGCUGUACCUGCUCUGGUGCAGGAUACUGAGCUCAGAGAGGCAGUACGUGGCCGUCCUGAAGGGCGUGGAGGAGACCUACCUUCCCCUGCUGGACCUCCCGGACACGCCGGCCUCCAUCAGGGGGAAGGAGGACACUCUCUUCCCCAACUGGGCCAGCCUCAGCACCUUCCACUCACAGUACCUCCUCCCCGCCAUGGAGGGGGCACUCCUGCAGAGCCUGCUGCAACAGGACUGCUUCAGCAAAUAUCGUGAGAAGUUCCUCCAGUAUUCCCACUACAUCAGGACUAAACCAGAACUGGACUCUCCGCUGGUCACACAGGCUGCUGACUACUUUAAGUCCAAACUCCCGCCGGCGUCCCCCCUCUCUCCCCUGUCCUUCCCCCACUGCCUGCAGGCCCCCACCCAGAGGCUGGAGCAGUACUGCGAGGCCCUGGAGGAACUCGGGGGCCUAAACCCCGCCUCCGACUCCGCCCUCUCCAUCCUCAGACACGCCCAGCGGCACGGCGAGGACCUCAGGGCCAGUGACCUCAUCGUCGGUUGUCCGGUUCCUGUGGCGGAGCGCGGCGAGCUGGUGCGGCACGGGGAGCUGCUCGUGUGCGGGGGGGCUCGGAGGAAGAGGGCAGGGGUGAGGAGCGUUUUCCUCUACCAGCACGUCAUCAUCUUCACCAAGCAGAAGAGCCCGAGUCCGGGACGCACGGCCUACAGCUACAAACACAGCAUCAAGACGGGUGAGAUGGGUCUCACUCAGAGUGUGGGCGAGGAGGGGGUGAAGUUUGAAGUGUGGGUGCGACAGGCUCCUCGAACCAGAGACUGUCUCACCCUCCAGGCUGGGAGCGGGAAGGACAGGGAGGCGUGGACGCACGACAUUGCCCACCUGCUCUGGACGCACGCCAUCAACAACACAGAGUUGUGUCUGAAGGAGUCUCUUUGCAUGGGAGUUUCCAGUAAGCUGCUGCUGGACGUGACAGGAACUCAAGCUUCGGAGCUGGACUCUGUCUACAGCCUCAAUGACCGAGUCCACAGUAGCUGUUCAGACUCCUCCUCUGUCGGCAGUCAGAAGGAGGGGGGUUCCCCGGCGUCUGGGAGGGACCCCAAGAGAAGCUCUGGAUCAACAAGUUACACACAGAGUCAGUCUCCCUCCACCGCCGUGUAACUGUCAUCUCAGUGAGACUUUCAUUUUCCACUUAGAAACUGGAACCUGGAUGUGAUGAAGAUUGAAACGUCUCUUUUCCACUUCUGGAUGAAAGUGAAACUGGACUGGGAGAGCGGAGAGAAGCAACAGCACAAGAAAGAGAGACUAUCCAGCUCUCCGUCUUGUUCUUCCUCCUCUCUUUCCCUGCAUCAUCUCACCCUCUCCUUUACUUUCUUCCUCCUUGGUUUCUGACUUUAAAACACCAGCAGAUGGGCGAGAGCUGCUGUGCAUCGCUCUCGCUGGUUUAAACAUAUCGGCUCUGAUAUUAACCCCCAAAGGAAGGCUGCAUUUGAAAAGGAUCAAAACUGCCCUAUUAAAUCCUGACAAGCACCAGCAGCUCUCUCUCUCUAUUUCUCUCUCUCCUUCUCUCUCUCUCUCUCUCUGUGUGCUCCGCCAUUUUGGAUCUGCCACUCUCAGUUGCUGGCAGAGUCAUUGACACCAAAGGCACUUCAGCCACACAGUGCGGCCAUUGUCUGCCCCGCGGCUCCCCGCUAGGCCAAACCACUUGGUCUGAACCACUGACUGCCUGGCUGGCUGACUGUACACAUCACAUGUUCCAGCAUCUGAUAAUAAACAGGAAGUAAUAUGCAGGGCACAAAUCCACCGUAGGAUUGCAGAUUUAGAAUGUAUUAUAUACUAUAUCUGUCAUUUUCAUAAUGCUGAUUGGUGUACUGUAGGCUUUUUCAGGCUUGGUAAUUUUUUUCCCUGCCUGUGUAAAAUUGUGUGGUAUAGGCUAGGUGUGAUUGCAUCUAUGUAAAUGAGGCAGGGGUGGUGUGAGCACACACACACACACACACACACACACACAAACACAUGGAGUCUCUCUCUGUCUCACACACACACACACACACACACACAUAGUCACACUCAGUGUCCCUCACACAUGCCUUGAGCAGACAUCCUUAUUGUUAUAAGACAGUGGAGCACUGUUUGCAUUGGCAUACACAGCAUACACACACACACACACACUCACUCACACACACACUGUGGCCAUUUUAGAGCCUGGUACAGUGUAUAGAUCAGUGCAAAGCUAUAUCAACGACAGGCAAGGUUACACUACAUGGAGAGAGUACAGUAAGCAUUGCCUUGAUGUAAACAUCAUACUGAAUGGUAACCGACAGCUAUCCAUGUUACUGUUUGUUUAAGCUAAAGAAACUGCUACCAAAGAUAUGUUGCGUAACUAUAUUAUCACUGUCGAGGGUCUGAGGGCAAAAUGGUAUUUAGUCUUGCUUAGACUGUAAGUUAUGUCAACAGUAUGAGCUUCUUUGUGCCUUAUAAUGUUCAGCGGGUUGAGAAAAAUAAGGUGAACUUCAGCUGUUUCUGCCUUCCUGCCUAACACAACGGGUGCUUGGAAUGAAUAAUGAAUUGAGUUUAAUUCUAUGCCUUUAAUAUGAGAUGCCAUUUUCUAUAUGCCAAAGGUGUAACAUGGUUGUCUGUGCAAUGUUGGAUUCUUAUAGGCUAUUAAAAAAAAAAAAGGAGGUGUUACGUUCAAUUUAGUCUAAUUAUGAUGUAAUUUCCUAAUCGGAAUGCUCUCCAUAAAAUGGAGAUGUGCGGAUCGGGUCUAUGUGCUUUAUCUCGAUUUUUACUGGUUAAAGUCACGCACUUACCUCUUGAUAGUGCCUAAAGGGUAAUUUCACCCAAAUGAUUUGACAAAGCGAGACAUUUUCUUCUGUUCUUCAAGUUCCACAAGAUUGGAACUCUUGUGUUUUUGAUUUGGCGAGUUUUGAGUUAUGGGUUUUUCCCUCGAGGGAUCGGGGAGCAUGCUGUCCUCAUGACAUCACCAAAUUGCGUUGCCAGAGGUGAUUGAAUGUUUGAUGCGAUGCAGUUGUGCGAUGUCGUAGGAUCGGUCCCUGAUUUUGGAGAACCCAUGACUCCAAACUAAUGGAACAACAGAACAGGAAAGUACCUACUUCUGCGGAAGAAGUCAGUUUUUGUUGGCACUGAGCAGAAUCUGAUACAGAGCAAGUUUUAAUGACAGCAAACGUACAAUCAGCAAAACAAAUCAGCAUUCACUGAAUUGUAUUUUUAACAGUGUCGGGUCAAACAGUGUAAUGGCCAAGGUACAAUACGAAACCAUCAGGUAGCGAAAGCCAGCAGAGGGGGUCAAGCUUACAUCUCCAGAAAGCCAAGCAGCUCUAUUAUUGUCGCUGUAUCAGAUUUAGCACAUUUCAUAUCUGCAUCCAAAUUCAAAAAUUGCAAAUGGGUAUUGAGCUGUACUGAAUCAAUAUGUAAUUUGUCGGCUUGGAGAAGCCCAUACGCUACAUAGCCUAUAGCUGUUUGGUACAUUGCAUUAUAUUGAAAGCAGUGUAAUGAAUACCAUCUUUCAUUCUUACUGCAAUAUAGAUUGUCGUAUUCAGAAGCCGUUGCAUAGCAGUAUUAUAUGUAUAGAACUUCUUUUCCUUGUUACAUGCUAUUUUCUAUGACAAACUCUGUCUGAUGUUUACAUUUUUAUUUUUUUUGAAGGUGUUGGAAUGUUGGAAAAAUGCAUGUUUUGCUUACCGUGUACUUGAUGACUAUUGUACUUCAGACCGUUUUUACCUUUUUUUUUCUGUGUUGAAUUAAAAACUGGAUGGGAGCCACGA